CGAGGAUAACACUCUCCAAGAUAAGAUGGCAGCCACCAGUGAUCAAACCAAGGAUGUUCCAUCCAGUUCCUCAAGCAAACCUGAGGGGUCAGCAUCGGGGUCAGGGGUCAAGUCAGGGUUCAAGUCAGAGGCAAUGAAAAAGUUUGAUCGAAUGAACAGACUCAAGAACCUUCAUCUCAAAAGGAAUGAAGCCAGAAAGCUGAACCAUGUAGAGCUUGUUGAGGAGGACAGAAGAAACAAACUUCCUGCAAACCAUGAAGCGCAAAAGAGAAGGAAUGAAUGGAUUCUACAAGAUGAAGAAGAGAGAAAGCAAGCGGAAGCUCGAGGAGAAGACUAUGAGAGAGUGAAGAUGUUGAACAUGUCAGCUGAGGAGGCAGAGAGGUUUGAGAGGAAGAGAAAGAAGAAGAAUCCUGACCAAGGAUUUGCAGACUAUGAGCAGGCGACGUUCCGUCAGUACCAGCGUCUAACGAAGCAGAUGAAACCAGACCUUGAUGGGUAUGAGAGACAGAAGGAGAAGCUAGGAGAUGAUAUCUACCCAGAUCAAGAUACUCUCACUCAGGUGGACUUCAAGGAUACAGAGGAAGGUAUCAAUAGGAUGGUCGAAGACCUCGACAAACAGAUUGAAAAGAGAAACAAGUACAGUAGGAGACGAGCAUUCAAUGAGGAGGAUGAUGUGGAUUACAUCAAUGAGCGUAACAUGAGAUUCAACAAGAAGAUUGAACGCUUCUAUGGCAAGUACACUGCAGAGAUCAAACAGAAUCUGGAGAGGGGAACAGCUGUAUAGUGACAAGACAAAACAGCUUCAGACUUUCAGCAUGACACAUGGACUAGAGGAAAGAAGCCUUUUAAAUGUCUGUAGGUUUCCCAUGGUGAUAUUUAGACAGACUUCAUUUAUCAUAAAUAUCAGCAAAGUAGUAAAGUCUGCUCUCUCUCUGUUGUUGUCAAUCGCCUGUUAGAAUUCACUCGACAGGAUCCUCUAUGUGUAGUUCAAUAACGUCAACACCUUUAGAAAGGCUGAUAACCCAAACAGCUACUAUUGUAACUGAUGAAAAUGGAUGAAAGACUGGAAAGUACGACACUGUCUCUGGGACUUGUGAUACUGGGUCCUUUCUUUAUUUUAUGACAGAUGAAUUACACCUGGAUCCAAUUUUACCAACCAUUGCGAUUGAUCCAAUUUAAUGGCAAGACAAUGCACAGAGCAAGUAUAAGACUAGAGACCACAAAUAUAUCAUCUGCUGGGAGAAAGAAGGUUGUUUACUGGAUAUCACUUCAUUCAAUCAACGUUCUUCUGGUGCCCAGUGUAUAGUGUAUAGCAGAACUGAUGACCAUAAUAUAGAAAUCAAGGAAGAUGUAUAUAUAAACUGUCGCAUGACUUUAGAUGUUUAUGAAAGCACUCCUAAAGCGAUCAUUUAAGAUAGUAACGUCUUUCCUGUUAUCCAGAUAGAUUUGAUGAACUUCACAACAACAUUCUCACAUUAUAUAGAUGAACAUUCAUGUUUUUUUUGCAAGUUUGUGUCAGGUUAAUACAUUGUGUAAAUAAGAGGAAUCAAGAUGACACUAUAUAAUGCUAUAUUAUUUUUACCUGCAGUAUCAUUUUAUUUCCUUGUAUGUUUUCAUUUUUUUGAUGUUCCAUCUCAUUUAACUUAAAACUGUUCUUUGAUCAAUUGAGAAGGUAAAAAUCAACUUUUAUAAUGACUCAUGAAUUCCAGAAAGUAUGAUUUUCAGUAUAAAUGCAGUGACCUUUUUGAAUUUAUUAUUAUUAUUAUUAGUCUUGUUUUUUCUAAAUAAUGGAGAAAUUGAUGCUAAUACAACCAUCCCAAUUGGCUGUCAAAACCAUUUUGAUUAAUCGUAUACAACUAUUAUUGGGGUUAUUUGGUUGGUUACUAUUAUUAGUUUCUAUUAACAUUCUUUUGUAUAAUAUCAGAAUGUAUCUACAGAGAGCUAGAAAGGCAGUCAAAUUAGCAAUUCCCCUUGGAAUGAAACACCUACUGGACCUUUGAUGGCAAACUGAUGAAACAUAAAAGUCAUCAUCUUAUGUGCCAUGUUUGGUGCAAGGAUUCUGGAUUUUGAUCCAUAUGAAAGUAGUUGACCAUAAUUCAGAAUUCUUAACAUUGUCUGAAAGAGAGGGAGAAAUGUUCAUAGAGGAGGGUUCAAGGGAGCUGGAACUGUGUUUGUAGGAAACCUGAAGAUAAAUAGGAAAGUGGUCUUGAAAUACUUCAUUUUUCUCAUCAUCUUGCAUAUUAUGUACAUGUAAUAGUAACAGAUGUAUAUACAAACUAUACCACAUACAUUUUUAGUGCAGGAAGAACCAUGUUGUAACUAAUGUAUUACAAAAAAGACAUUUGUCACAGAAAAUAUUUUGUUCAUAUAUCAUCAUACAUAUUUUAAUUGUUUAUGUUAUUACUUAUAUGUGUAUCAUAUGUCAUUUGUACAAACACCAAUAAACGCUUUAUGAAAUGUAUAAUGCUGUGUAUUGGA